UCAUUGAACCCAUAUACAGUAGCAGUUGAGUCAGCAUGCUCACUAUGUCUUGAUACAUAUAACAUUGUAGACAUAUUACAUUGUCACAUGCAGUAAGAGACAGGUGACAGUGCUAGAAAAAUGUGCACAUGAACAUGUUGUAGUACAAUCCCCAGGAAAUUCUGCCAAGGGCACAUAAAAUAUAAAGUACAUACUGGCACUUGAUUUCCAUAUUUAUUCUAGGCAACUACAUAAGUGUGGUUAGGUUGCAAUUAGGCUGGUUUACCUCUUCUUUUCCUCCUCUCUUCCUCCCCUCCCAAACACACAACUGGCUUGGGAGAGCACCCUCUAGGCCAGCUAUAAAAGUCUGAUCCACCAGUAGGUAUAUACAGCAGGAUUCCUGCAGCAAAGAGCAAAAUUGAGCGACAGAUAUAUUCAUAAGGCCAUAGGUAUGUAGUGGCUUUUGCCCUUGACUCCCUAAUGUAGUACACAUGUGAAUGUCACAUGUAGAAGAAAACCAUGUGAUGACGUGCAACAGUUACACACAUUUCCCUUUUCCUGUGGGUGGGGCUUUGGGAACAAGACUUGUUAGGUUGCAGGCCUCCUGGUCUCAUCCCCAGACCCCCAUCCACAAAAUGGGAAAGGGUCUGGUGACAUUGCUUGCUUUCUCGGCUGUGCUGAUUCAGCAGGCAUUAUGAUGACCCAUGUAUUAGCCCACUGCAUAUUGCUGAAUCAGCACAACCAGACCCUUUCCCUUUCCCAUUUUGCAGGUGGGGUCUGGAAAUGAGACUACCCCCUCACCUGUUAUGUCUGGCUUGGGGCCCACCCUGUGGGGCCUUUAUAAAGGCUAGUAGUGCAGCUCAACAGCAGCAGUGUAGAGAGUUGCUGAUAAAAUGGACGACAGAGUCAGAGAACACAGAGCUGACAGAGAAAUGCAAAAAGCUAUUGAGCUAACCCUAGAAGCUGCUAUAGCCAUACUGAAAAAGAGGCGUCCAAAGCGCAAGAAGGUAUGCAGAUUCUAUUGGCGGGGCCAAAUUUGCCGCUAUGGUGACGAGUGUCGAUUCGUACACGAGAGGCCGAGAGAGAGGCAGAGGGAGAGGUCGAGGGAGAGGUCGAGGGAGCCAACCCCACAUCGCGACCCUUCACAUCAAGAAGAAGACCCUGAUAAUGUUCUAGCUAUGAGCCCCGAGCAAUGAACUGAAAUGGAUUUUUCUAGUACAUGAGAUCACUUACAAACUCAUUUUGUAUAUACUU